CUCUACAAUGACGGAUUGACCUAUCACGAAUUUUUCAAGCCGUAAAUUUGAAUCCCGCGACAAAGAUAACCGACAUGGAAAGGUUCUUUUGGGCAGGACUCCCGUGACUAGUCAUAGAAUACCUCCAUGGUCUAUACUGUCUCCGAGAUUGGCUCCCAUCGCCACCAUUGACAGGACACAGGUUGAGCAGCUAGUGGGAUUAAAGGGAACAUCUAAUUAAGUGGCGCCGCCAUUGUUAUCAUUGUUCGAUUAAACUAAAAUACCAUCUGUAGCAUUGACAAGUCACAAUUUCACGGGGAAGGAAAAAAGAAAAGAGCAUACGGGCAAACAAAGAGAAUCAACUAAUAUAAUAAUCAUGCACUCAAGGUGUUUGAUUUAAUGUGUCAACGACGAUUACGUGGAUAUUUUCAGGGAUAUUUCGUCUUCAAACAUGUGGGUAAACGAUGGUUUACAAUCUAUAUUGAAGAUCCAGAAGUUCCGAAGAAUUGUGUCCUACACUGGGUUCUAUUGCUUUGUGACGCUCGUGAGCUAUGCUUACACAAGCAAUACAACGAGAGCUGGGUACUCCAGAGGCGAUCAAUUCUAUGCUUCUUAUCCAGCUGGAACUGAGCUGCUAACUGAUACUGCUAAGUUGUAUAAAGCUGCACUUGGCAAUUGUUUUGAAGAGGAAGAUUGGGGACCAAUUGAAUUUUGUAUCAUGGCUAAACACUUUGAGCGCCAAGGGAAAUCACCAUAUGCAUAUCAUUCUCAAUACAUGGCACACCUUCUCUCUCUUGGUCAACUAGAUGGAAGUGGCUAGCAAUUUGAUGGAAGUGGUUGGCAGCAGAAAAAGAUUAGCCCCAUUGCAGGAUGAAUGAGCGGAAAAAUAUUUUUUUUCAUGGCAAUAUUUGGAAGGCAUUUGAUGUUGAUGAUGAAGAAUAAGAGAUUAUAUUCAGCUUAUUGUGCCUGCUAGGGUCCUCUAGGAAAUUUUUGUUUAGAAAUAAGAGCUGCAACUAAUUGGCAUCUUUUUAUUUAUUUAUUAUUUUUUUCAUAUUGAACUUUUGUGUCUGAGAUAUUCCGAACUGGAUCUGGCUGAUCAUAUUCCAAAAUGGUUAAUUCUCUAGCUUUUUGAUUAA